GUCGCUAUCGGCAGUCCUUGGCCAAAACACGAAGUCAUCCUCAUGGGGAAGAAGGACAAGAAGGUGAGCGCGUCGGCCGCGCCGACGACCAAGGUCAUCUCCAACGUCCCGCUCUCGCUGCCGAUUCUUGAGACGAUCAAGUUUAGCCAGCAGCAGAACGGCCUGCGCUUCGGCGACUACUCGCGCUACCGCCAGCACUGCGCGCGCCGCCUGCGACGCCUGCGCAAGGGCCUCAAGUUCACGCAUGGCAAGGGCAAGGGCUUUGUCGCCAAGGAGGUCACGCCGGCGAACGCCGCCGAAGUGCGCCACUUGAUGCUGCCGCUGUACCACUCGGAGCGCGCGUGGAGCUACGCGAUGCAGCUGCGCGAGGACGAGCGCAACGACAAGGAGGAGAACGGCGACGAGGCGAGCAGCCGCAUCAAGUUCCACCUCAUGGGCCGCCUCAAGAAGGCGGUUGCAUGGUCCGACAAGCUUGUGUCGCUUUGCUCGGAGCGCGCGGACGCCCGUACGAGCCUAGAAGCCGAGGCGUAUGCGUCGUACAUGGCUGGCAACCUCGCGCUGUACAAGGAAGAGUGGAAGCUGGCGCUCGAGAAGUUUACGACCGCCCAGCGCAUCUACAGCGAGCUCGCCAAGGUCGGGACGUCGGUCCAGCAGGACCUCGUGCACCAGAUCCUCGAAGAGAUUAGCCCGUUCAUGCGCUACUGCGAAUACAACCUCAACAUGGUCUCGGGCGGCGCGUCGGCCGAGCUGCUGCACGAACUUCGCGAGUCGACGACGUCGGCGCUGCUGCAGUCCAAGAUCGACCAGGUCUUCCAUGCCGAGGCCAAGACGAAGGCCAAGACGAUGGCGCAGAUCACGUGGAACGGCCGCGCGGUCGCGAUCCCGUCCGACGACCUCUCACUGGCCAUGGUGCGCCCCGACGAGCAUCUCGCCAAGCUCGCCAAGGCAUCGACAGACCUCACCGAGAAGAAGCGCGAUGCGAUUUACGUGGCGCUCUUUGGUGCGUACGACAACAUUCUGCGUCAGCUCGGCAACGAGCGCACCAAGACGGACGCCAUGAAGAGCGGCUUCAUGGCCGAAGCGCAGCGCGACAACAUUGCGGCCCUUGAAGAGUACACGCGCUUCCUCAAGCAAGUGCACACGGCCCAGCGCAACUUGACGCUCAUGCAGCAGCUCAAGGCUCGACUUGGCGUGGACCGGUCGCCCGGCGACAUGAUCCAUAUCAUUGAAAUGCUGCUGCAGAACAUCGAGGACAUGAAGGCGCUGCCGGGCGCCGCGUCGCACGAGCUCUUUAGCACCAAGUUUGCGGUGCUCCAGCCGCUUUUGGCUGCGAUGCGCGCCAACUAUGUGGCACAAAUGUACCUUGCUGGCAAGAAGUACCCUGAAGCGAUGGCGCUUUUCGAAUUGGCCAAGACCAACGUUGCGGUCGCCGACGCCAUGCCGACCUCGGACGCCGACGUGCUCGCGCUUCGCGACGAGCUGCGCCCGCAGGUGCUUGGCGCCACGCCGCGUGUGAAUGCGAGCGCGUUUUUGUAUGGCUCGACCGACGCGGUCCGUGCGACGCUCGAGAAGCUCGACGUCAACGACGACGGCGCCAAGAGCCUCCUCGAGCGCCAGCACGAGUACGAGAGCGGCGCCCGCGCCCGCGCCCACGACGUGGUCAAGCUGCCGCCGUCGAUGGUGGCGAUUCCGCCCAAGCCACUGCUGUUUGACAUUGCGGGGAGUGAGCUCGCGUUUCCGGACCUCCAAGCGCGCCUCGACGAGCUCAACCCCAAGACGUCGUCGGGCGGUGGCCUCUUUGGCUGGCUGCGCGGCUAAGCAUGUAGAGGAAGACCGACUUGAUACAAAAUGCAGCAACCGAUAUAUGUGUGAUUGCC